AUGAGAAAUCAUAAAGAUCGAACCACUAGGUCUACACCAUUGCCUGAAGUGGAUGAAGUGUAUUCUCAUUAUGCUAAGCAUUCAAAAGGUUGUGGCCCUAUUCGUGUUCGUGUUCGUGGCCGUGGCCAAGGAAGAAAUUUUUCUAGUGUUAAUCAUCCUCCAAAGAAAAAUAACCACCAAAAGUGGAAAGGGAAAGAUGAGAAGCCAAAGGCAAAGGGUUUAGAAACUGAAUGCAGUUGCGGUGAAAAAGGGCAUUGGGCAAAUAUUUGUCGUACACCAAGAUAUUUGGUUGAGCUUUAUCAAGCAUCCGUAAAGAAUAAAGGCCUUGAAGCUAAUUUUGUCACUGAUAAUGAAUUUGACAUUACCCACUUGGAUGUGGCAGACUUCUUUGAACACCCUGAUGAAAAAAUAGACCACUUGAUCGGUGAUGGAUCCGUGGUUAAGGAAAAUUGA